AUGUCGGAUGCGCCCAAGAAAACGGAUGUUGGCCCAUCUGGGAGGAAAAUUAUAUAUAAUCCUGAUGGGACAGUCUGUCGGUCCUGUAACACACUAGUGGACUUUCAAUUUGUCACUGGUAAGAUAUCAAAGAAGAAUCCGCCUCCCACGGCCGACAGCGUCCCGAAGAAACCUGUUCCUGCGAGGAAGUUGAUUCCUGGGUCAAGGUCAUAUACACAAAUUCCACCCCCUUCGCCGGAGCAGAUAGGUAGGAGCUCGUGGACAAUGUUGCACGCCAUCGCUGCCAAAUACCCAGAUCAACCUGACGUCGUUCAAAAACAGGAGAUAGGAAGGUUCGUUAAGCUAUUUGGUAAGUUUUACCCUGUGGAGAGUCAGCGAGAUCAAAUAUCCAGUUAUUUGGUCAAGGAUAAACUGAAUGUGGAGAGUAAGCGUCAAUUUGCUGGAUGGCUAAACUCGUUCCACAAUGAAAUUAAUCGGAAGCUGGGAAAAGAGCAGUUCGAUUUCAAAUUCUGGGAAAACCGGUGGGUUAAUGGUUGGGACUGA